AGCCACCUCUCUCGGGCGUUGGCUAAACCAAAGGCAGCUUCGUGGAAAAAAGGCCUGCGUGUAGCUAGUUGUGGAGUCAGAAAGUUCCCAAAAUAGAAAACUUGCUUUGUUUUAAGGGGGAGGGGGGCAGAUAGGGUCACAUUUGAACACUCUCAGCUCUCUGUAGUUCUCUACCCGAAGUUUUGGGAAUGGAGUGACAGUGAGGUGUCAGUGGCCACCGCUGGUGGCCUGGGACUCCGCUCGGUAGCGGCCCUGUGUGGCUGGGCCCCGUCCAUCUACACCGAUUGCAGAAUCGGGUCCAUUGCUAGUUUGACUGCAUUAAUCAAAAUUGCUCUAGUAAUUACAAGCUGCAAGUAGAAACAAUUUGUUCCGAAGUUUGCUUUUCCUACCAGCCAGCUGGGUUUGAGAACAAGAAGUGAACUGGAAUAGACUGUCGGAUAUUCCACAUCAUAUUCUGUGCAAAAAAAGAAAACUGCUGCUCUGGGGAGCAGGAGGGAAUAGUGCCACCCCUUUGCUGCAUUGACUCUUAACUUGUGUUCAGUUUAGGGUGCUACUGCUUUUAGAUUUCAGUCACCAAGGAACUUUUAUUGAGAUUGGUGAUAAACUGAUCUUUGAUAUCUUUGUUUAAAUCCCAUUUUCCAUGUUGGUUUGCACUCAGCUAGUUUACCAAGCAAAUAAUACUCAGUUGCAGCUGAUCUUGCCAGGCUAUAUUCUAGCUCUGCAAAUACUCUUUUUAAAUGUAAUGUGGGUUGAUUGUGAAUACUGCACUGGGCUUCAAGUGAGUGCUUGUGCUUAAAAAGGGCCAGGGAAGAAUAUCUGUUUGUUUUUGCACCUCCUACUUCAGUGCUGACAGAUUGCUCUUUGUGAUUCCUUGCUCUCUAUGCAGAGCUGAAAUUUUGGGUAAUUAAAUUCUGUGUUGGGAAAACGUAGUUGCUGCAUCUGAGCUUACGUGCAAGGUGCUGUAUGGCCACCAAAGCCUGUUUCGCUGUUGUAGGCCUAGAUAGCAGUGAGACAUUUCUGUAAUGGCAGACUUUGGUUGUGAGGCGUUCUGUAACGACAGGCAAAGCUUAAUUCUCCAAGAUAAAUGUUUCCUUCUUCAUUUCUUCCCCUUUAUGUCUCUAGGUUGAAUCUAAUUAUGCUGUUGUGUAAGAGAGUAGGUUUAAAGGCAGCAAUACUCAGUGGCCUAAUCUAGCACUUGCAACAGAACUGAAGUUCAUGCAGGGCUUUACUGGCUCUUAGACUACUCAAAGGUCUCUAGAAAUAUAUAGUGAUUUCACCUUAGUGGGCAAACUAGAAGACAUGGAAGCACCAUUGGAGAGACCCAUUCCAGUGAAACCGAAGAGCAAGAAAACUAUUUCCUUGUAAAGGACAAUCUAGGGGGAAAGGAGCACAUACUGGGGUGGCAGGAGAAUGAGGCUCGGGUCCUUGGUACCGCUUUGCUACUUUGGAAGAAUAAACUGGCCUCUAUUUCUGAAGCUCUCCCUCUGUAGACAGGUGACAACAGCAUGCUUAUACCUCAGAGCAGGACCUGGUGACCAGGAUUAAAGCAGGAUAGGAGUUUGACACUCCCUUUCAAUGGGCUGUCAGCUAAAUGUUUGUUUUCCCAGUGAGCUGGUACAAAAGCCAAGAGUAAGAGGUUUAUCUUGGACUUUGCCUGCAGGUGGCUCUCACCAUCACACCUGAGUCUGUGCUGGAUGUGGCAUUCCUUCAAUAUGAAAUCCUGCUGGCUAUAGUCUUUACUUGUGUGAUACAGAAUUUGCUGUACAGAGCUACAAGUAAUAUCAAACAGAUGGCAUAUAUACAUCUAUGAGAAAAUAAGUGGGUGCUUACUAACUUUAUAUUUUACUAGAAGAUAACAAAAGUCUCUUCUCUUCCUCCCUCCCCCCCAGCUUUAAACACUUUCCUUGAGUGGGAGGAGUUCCUCUGUCUAUCAAAUCUACUAUGCCACCUUCCCCCCCCCUCCUGCUGCUGCUGCUACAAGUAGAAUGUUAUCUGGUAGGUUUAAGUAUCUGUCUCUCAUAUUGGCUUACAAGCCCCACAAAUAAUUUCUAAAAAAGGCAGCCUUCUCAAGGGAGGCUUAAAAUGCUUCUGUUCUUGCUUUUCUAGUUCAGUGGCAUCCAGAUAGUUAUGUUUUUAUUAAUCCAUUUUGGAAAAAUAGUCAGAACACCAUUAGCAUAAAACAAAAACUCAUCCUCCAACACAUCCUAUGCUUGAUCUCUCUUCUUUAGCAUGCUCAUAAACCAGAGUGCAGUGGCCAAGUGCUUAAUGUCAUGUGUGACAACGUGAAUUUAAUGCAGAGUCCUUCCCAUGCCAUUUCAAGCUUCAUUUAAAAGCUGAGGAGAAACGAGAAUCUCACUUUAUGGGCUUAACUUAUUUCAAUUAAUCUUGCAGGGGGGAGCUAGUGACAAUUUGGAAGAAAUACAAGUCAUAAAAACAGCUUUCUCCUUCCUGUUUAAGAUUAAACUGUUUCAGCUUUUGUUUCCGCUGGACUUUGAGCCAGUGAAUGAAAAAAACAGAAGAGGAAGUAUAGAAAAAGGGAGAUGAGGAAGAAGUGAGGGAGCUUAGUAACUUUAGACGGCAGAAUACAGGAAGCACAUGUAUGUCAGGAGAACAACUUUGAAAGGAACUGGUGGUGAGUCAGGAAGCAGUCACUCCAGUCUGUCCCUUCCCCAUGUUGCAAGAGUGGUAGCUGUAAGCCUGUGCGUUUCCCAAUUAAACCUAAAAGUGGUCUCUUGACAGUCACAUUGGAUUGCUACAAUUGCACAUUUGUUCCAUUUGUUAAGUCCUGGAAUAGUAGUUGUGCCUUACUGAGUGUCUUCAGCUGAGAUCUACCACCUUGUCUCUCUGCAAUACUAGCUGGGUACCUAUGGCUAUAAUGUAUGAUAUUAUACCUGGAGAUGCCUCUUUCUAAUGUAUUAUUGUGGAAUACUGAAACUGCUUUUCUCCCCCCCACCUUCCUCUUCUGUGCACCAGAAUAAGCAACGAUGGCAUUUGUGAAGAGCGGAUGGCUGCUCCGGCAAAGUACUAUUUUACGACGUUGGAAGAAGAACUGGUUUGACCUGUGGUCGGAUGGACGCUUAAUAUUCUAUGAUGAUCAAAAUCGCCAUGAUAUAGAAGAUAAAAUCCACAUGCGAAUCCAUUGCAUUAACCUCAGAGUGGGGAAUGAAUGUCGAGAUUUCCAGCCUCCAGAGGGGAAGCAGAGAGACUGUUUACUGCAGAUUGUUUGCCGUGAUGGGAAGACAGUCAACCUCUGUGCAGAGAGUGCAGAUGACUGCCUGGCAUGGAAAAUUGCUCUUCAGGAUGCCAGAACAAACACAGGCUACGUGGGAUCUGAUGUGAUGUAUGAUGAGACAGCCAUUUCCUCAGCCCCUCCUCCCUAUACAGCUUAUGCCACACCAUCACCUGAGGUUUACGGCUAUGGCUACGAUCAGUACAAUGGUGCAUAUCCCCCUACUGGUCCUCAAGUCUUUUAUGCCUCCAAUGGACAAGCUUAUGCUGUUCCUUAUCAGUAUCCAUACCAAGGACCUUAUGGCCAACCCCCUGCAAACCAUGUCAUCAUUCGAGAGCGUUACCGUGACAGCGAUGGAGAUCUUGCACUGGGGAUGCUUGCUGGAGCAGCGACCGGAAUGGCUCUGGGAUCAUUAUUCUGGGUCUUCUAGAUUACCUGUUCCUUAUCUUUGUAGUUCCAAAAACCUUUAUUUGUGCAAUAAUAUAUUGGCAAUGUUGUCUACUGUUAAACUUUAAGAAAUGCAAUAGUUAUUUUUUCAGUAGUGAUAUCUUAAUAACUGAUUCUUAACUGUCCUAAGGAGAGUUUAAAGGCACCAUUUAGUUAAGUGGUUGGAGAUGGCAUGUGCUGCUUUUGAAUUCUGCUCUGAUGCUUGGAGUUACAGGGAUUUGUACUGGUACAGAUCAAUAUGAGCACCACUGUAACAUGGUAGCAGUCACCAGCUUUAUGAACAGACUGUUACUGUAAAUGCCAUAGAAAAAAUGUUUUUUUGGGAUGGUCUAAAAUCUGGUCCAAAUAGGAGGUUUACAGGAGCCCUGCAUUAGUAUGUGUGUUCUACUGGUUUUUGAACGUUCCCUGGACAAACAUACAGCUCAGCAGAAACUCCUUGGCAUUAGGUAGUGUGCCAUGUUUGAGGAUUUUUUUGUUUUCAAACUUGCCUGCAGAUGGUAGUGUGUUUUCUCAGAUGGAAUCCUAUACCUGUCUCUCACACCAUCCAGGUGAAGUUGUCUUUGAUAACGUAUAAGCAAACCACUAAGAAGCGGCAGCACUCCUCAGUUCUUUUAUUCUCCCAGAAAUGUGAAUGACCAGUGGCAAGGAAGACCGAUGUUUGUUGUUCCAUCUCCCUCUCUAUCCUGAAUCACUCCACUCUGGCCAGAUGGAAGUAAUGGAUCUUUAGCUUUGCAAGUGAUCUUCCUCAUCUGUAGGACAGUCGCCUCAGACACUGUACCAACUGCAUUGCAGAUGAAGAGGCCAUUGUCUAGUGUCUCUGCUCAUUACUGCUAUUGCUCUGCAGAGUCUGCAGGAGGAAAAGUAACUUGAACAACCCUUACCCUGUUGAGCUUACCAGAACCCCUCUGCAGGCAGUAAUAGUCAAGAAGGGAGAGACAAACAGCACAAGUAGACCUUGCACACAGGCACUUUGAUAUCAGUUGCCUUGCCAUGGCUAGCAUAGAAUGUCUGCCUCUUAGCCUCCAAGGUUUCCUGAACCAGGUUAAUUAUUUGCAACUAGUUUUAAGCACAGCUGAGCCUGGGUUUGUUUUAUGCACCCUUCCUUUCGCAUUCAAGCACAUCUUUGUUUCCCUCCAUGACUUGUUAAGGAAAACACUCCAAGGAACCUGGCUGGCUUAUGCUUGUAUGUCUGGUUCCUUCUACAAUGUGCUCCUGCAGGCUGCUGCGCUAUGGAUUGUAACCUGGAGUACAACUGUUAUGUGUGUUAUGUGGCCUGUUACCUUAUCCUGUUAUAAUCCACGCUGAGCUGUGCUUGGCAGGGGAAAGAAAGCUCUGAAGAAAUGCACAUGCUUUUUUAUUCAGGUAAAAGAGGCAGGGUGCCUAAGUUGAGUUCUUUAUAGUGAGAGGACUUAUUUUUAUAAUUCUACUUUCAGCUUCCUGUAUUCAUACUGUUUUAAUACGUUAAGUCUUACGCUUUGAUUCAGAAGUCAGUUGAUUUCCUUAAGGUUCAUGGGGUUUCAGGUAUGUCAGGAAAGAUGAAAAUAGAUGAGAACUUGCACCCAUAUAAAUUUAGAUCAAGCCCCAACCUUUUUAAUUUCAUCCUAAAGCUGUGUUGGCUCUAUACUACGUAUUUAAGCAACAGAGGUUGUGGACAAGAGUUUGGGUAGCAGCCGGGGAAGCACUAAGCUUUCACGACUCUUAGGACUGACCCAACAAACUGAAAUCAUCAGAAGGAAACAGACAGAUGUAAUCUUGGCUGUGUUACUAAAAGCAGGCCUAUCCAGAGAAUGUAAACUUCUUUCAAGAAACUUUGGUUUGGAGCGGUACAUCAAUGUGCAUGCAUGUCCUUUCACAGAUUAAUACAAGCUGUAUGUGUUCUGCCAGUGGUAUGUACUGAAAAGACUUGCUGGAGGUUCAAAAGAAGACUGUAGCUAAAGUUUCAUAAUGCUAGUCCAAACCAAAAGGAAUUGGAGUACACUACUGAAGUUCUCUUAGAGGCCUGGUACCCCCAAGGUCAGAAAGAGAUGGUGACUAUCUGGAACUUAAGUGAACAAACAUUUCUACCCUUUUUAAGCCUUGAAAUAACCUUGAAGCUGAUUACAGGCCUACACUGCUGUUCAGUUUGCGCUUUGCAAUAUAACUAGUUCUGCAGAAUGCCUCCAUUUCCUCUUCUCCCUAUGUGAUAUUUAGCUUGUAAGGGGUGGGGGAGAAUAAAACAAUUGAACAUCAUUGUGAUUUCUUUAAAAUUUCAUAAUGAUUGUGAAAGAAUAAUAUGAGGUGAAUCAGCUCAUAAUUUAUUUUAAGUUCAGAGUUUUAUUGUGUGGUUUUUGGGGGGCUUUUUGUGUCAGAGCUGUUGAUCACAGCAGGGGAACCUGUCUUGUGCUGUCAGGAGAUAACUGUAUCUAGAUCCCCAGUUUCUUCAAGUGAAGUAUGCAAGAUAAAGACUGUUGAUUGCAAAACACUCCUGGGUUGAAUUCAAAGCAAGAAAUGAUCUUUUUAAAAGUUCAAAUUUAAAUAAGUCUCUGUUAAAAAAAAAAUAACCUUAGCCCUUCUCAAGGGGAAAGAAAUUUACAAAUUGAAGCAGAAGAUUCUAGUUCUAUCUUGGUAACAAUAGGCUGCUUUUAUAGAAAAAUCAUGAGCUACUUUUUUAUCCUAGUAGCAUAGACAUUUAGAAGCUAGAAAGCAAAUGUACAAAACUGCUAGAGCAUAAAAUCAAGAGAGUAGUUAUCUUAUUGCAGGUGCUUGUAGCCUUCCUGAUCUCACUGCAGAAAUAGAAGUGGAAAUGUCUUGGUGCACAGAGCAGCAGCAUGGGGAUUGCCCCUUGAAUUCACUGGUUAAAGCUCAGAGAUUUCUUUCGAAGGAACAGAGUGGAGAUUUGGUCAUACCUGUAAUAAUAUCUGGCUGGAUACAUAGUCAUGACUAUACAGCCUUUCUCUGCCCAGUCCAGUACUUCAUAUAUCUGCCAUUUGUGUAGAUGCUGAUGUGAGCUGAAGGAGCAGGGCCAGAGUCGAUUUCAGGGCUUGGAGGGACUGCCAUGCCAGCUUCUGCAGAUAGGCAAUACCACAGUGAUGCGAAGAGGUAGUGGGUAUGGCAAGAGCAUUUUCAAAACAGAUUGAAAUGAUAGUCCUAAACAGGUGUUUGUUUCCAAAUGGUGCUAUUCAUGAUGCUGUGAUUUCAAUUACACCUGCAUAGCACCCAAGCACACACUUCCCUGCCCAGGGCCCAACACUUGAGCUCCCUAAAGCUAUGGGAGGUCCACAGCCACUACAGUGCCACUGUUUUCUGCAGUGCACACUGUCAGUUAAGGAUGACCAAAUCUGUUGUGUAGCAGUUACAGUCUGUUCAGAAUUAAACGGCAGUGCUGACAGAAGCCAUGAGUCUGUGUGUUCAUCUGUGACUAGUUACUUUGGGAUUCUCAGUUGUAGACAGCUGGAUGGAGCCAGGCAUCCAGAGAGUGGGGUGAGAAUGCUUGGCCUGGUAAUUGAAGGGGUGAACCAGGGCCCCCUCCCAAGUUCUUAGUUACCUAUGAAAAUAUAGCUGUUGGUUUCUUUUGCUUAAAACGUGGGGGGCUAGGGAGCCAGCCUCUUCUAUUGAGUGGGUAAAGGCUUAUGAACUAGGGAGGAAAGGAUAGAAAGUGUUAAUGUUCAGAGCAACUGCACUGACUUUUGGCAAAGACACAUCUUUUCUAGUGCUGAAGCACAUUCUGAGCUGUGUCUAGAUGGAGCUACCCUAAAUGUCACACAAUACUGGCUUCCUUUUGUUUGUUCUUCGGUGAAGAUUCAAUAGGUGAUGGAACCAGCUAAGCAAGUCAAGUAAAAGAAGAUUCACACCCAUGUUCUUCAAAUUGUGUGUGGCUUCUCCUCCUCAUGAUAUGACUAAGAUAGGUACAUGUAAGUCAUGGAGGGUAGCGUGCAGCAAAUGUUUCCCCCCUCCCUGAUCCUUCAUGUUCUUGUGCACUCUUUAUCUUAAUUGCUGUUUUACUAUAUGUCCUCAUUCUCAUUAUUAAUUUAUAGCAAAAUAGCCUUAGCAA